AUGGAGCCCUUAUAUGAGGAAUUCCUAGCCAAUCGCGGAACAACAGUAAAACCGUAUUGCUGGCGAAGCUUCUCUCUCGAUUGCUCUAGUUGUCCUUACCACAUUCGGACGGGCGAGGAAGCGAGAGUUCCCCACACAGAAUUUUACCAGCUUUUUGGAUUCCCUUAUGGGCCAGUAUAUCCUCAAACAAAACACCUCACAUUCUAUGAACUGAAAACAUCUCCUGGAAGCCUGGUGCAGAAGGGCCAUGCGAACAGUUGCAGUGGGAAUGACACCCACGCAGAAUCCAUGCUCUCUGAGAUGAACGGCUAUUUUGACUCGGCCGUCCGCAACCACCAAGGCAUCAGGCAUAUCAUUCUGUAUUCCAACAACUCCCCUUGCGACGAAGCUAACCACUGCUGCACCAGCAAAAUGUACAAUUUCCUGACCAUGUAUCCAGACGUCACUCUUAGUAUUUACUUUUCUCAGCUCUAUCACACUGAGACUGAAUUUCCUGCCUCGGCCUGGAACCGCGAAGCCCUCCGGAGCCUGGCCAGCUUAUGGCCGCAGGUCACUGUGAGCCCAGUGAGUGGUGGGGUUUGGCAUUCUCUCCUCAACAGCUUUGUGUGUGCCCUCUUGGGAUCGCCUGUCUUCCAGCCCAUCCUGACCGGGAGAGCACUGGCCGACAGGCACCAUGAGUGCGAAAUCAAUGCCAUAACAGGUGUGAAGCCCUAUUUCAUGGAUGUUCUCUCCCCGGCAAAAGAGAGUCAGAACAUAAAAGCUCAGGCAGCUUUAGAGGGCCACCCCGUAAACAACGUCUUUCCCAGGCAGUCUUUCCAAGUGACAAGCGGACGACUGCAACCCAAUCUGACCCUAGACCCCAGGGUUCCUGUCGUUUUCGUGCUAGUGCCUUUCAGGGACCUACCACCAAUCCACGUGGGACAAAACCCACGUAAACCCAGGAAUAUCAUAAGACACUUAAGCAUGCCUCCAAUGUCAUUCCAGGAAGCCAAUGAUCUCAGAAGGUCUCCCACUGGGAUGCCAGUGGAGAGAGUAGAAAUCACAGAACAGUUUGCAAGUAUCAAAGAGACAGAUGAAAAGAAGAAGAAAGGGAAAAAAUAAAAUCUGCAUUCCUACAACAGGAGAUCAAAC